AUGUCCUCCUCAGGCGAAAGAAGAAAGCUCGUCCUCAUCUCAGGAGCAACUGGAGGCAUAGGCAAAGCCACAGCAAUCGCCUUCGCCAAGGAAGGCGGCUACGACCUCGCCAUGCACUACAACACCGCCAGCGAUGAAGUCCGGGAGAAGCUCACCGAGAGCAUGACCAAUCACAAUCGCGAGGAGGACUUCCGCUUCCACUUCUUCCAAGCGGACAUUGGCAACUACGACAGUGUACGAAAACUCCACCGCGAGGUCGUCGAGACGCUAGGACCCGUCGACAUCCUCUUCAAUAACGCCGGGUCCGCCUGCGGCCAUACAUCCGUUCAAUCCCUCGCUGACGUGCCAAUCGAUGUCGCGGAGGAGACGUGGCGUAUCAAUACUGGCUCGGGCAUCCUACUCACCCAACUCUGCCUCCCACACAUGGAAGCGCAGAAUUGGGGUCGCGUCAUCUUUGAUUCUUCUGUAGCGGCUUUCACGGGCGGAGUGGUGGGUCCACAUUACGCGAGCUCGAAGAGCGCACAGCAUGGGUUCAUCCAUUGGUUGGCCGGGAACGUGGCGAAGAAGGGAAUUACGGUGAACGGGGUGGCGCCGGCGUUGAUUGGGGAUACUAAUAUGAUGGGGAGUUCGGAUGAUAAGGAGGUGCAGGAGAGGGUUGCUUCUAGGAUACCGGUAGGACGCCUGGGACGUCCGGAGGAAGUGGCCGACACGGUGUUAUGGAUGGCAAAGAAUGCAUAUGUCACAAACAAGGUGAUAGCGAUUGAUGGUGGCUACUAUCCGUACUGA